CACGUGUUUGUGAAUACUCUGAAGAGCUGGUCUGAAGCUCAGAGCUACUGUAGUGAGAAUCACACAGAGCUGGCCACUGUGCACAGCCAGGAAGAAGCACAGCAGCUCUUAGAUAUUGCAGGAGCUUCUCUGAGUGAUUCUGCCUGGAUAGGGCUGUAUCGUGAUGGCACACAGAACUGGCAGUGGUCUAACAGCGAUGAUGUCAUCUACUCUAACUGGAGGGCAGACCUCUUCUGUGCUUCAGUCAAUUCAGAGGGAAAGUGGAUUGAUUUACCCUGCCACCUUCAGAACGCUUUCAUGUGCUACCAAGAGACCAGCAACAUCACUGAGAGAUACACCCUGAUUGAAGUUCUGAAAACCUGGACUGAAGCUCAGCAGUACUGUAGAGAACACCACACUGACCUCGUCAGUAUAAAGGACGCCAGUGAAAAUGAAGACCUAGUGAAGAAAGCGCAGGGCACGCCCUUCUGGAUAGGCCUGUUCAAUGAGCCCUGGAAGUGGUCACACCAGGGGGAUAACUACACAUUUCACUACUGGAACACUGGGGAACCAAACAAUUUGGGAGGCAAUCAGAAAUGUGUGAGGAUGUACAAGAGUGGCACAUGGGAUGACAAAGACUGCAACUCUCAGUACCCCUUCUUCUGCUGUGUGGGCGGCUCCUCUGGUCAGUGUUUGUAUGAAGGAACUAAGAAGACAUGGCAGGAUGCUCAGAGCUACUGCAGAAACAAAGGCAAAGACCUGCCCACCAUACAAGACCAGGACGGGGUUAAUACGCUUAUGGGUCUUAUACCUACAACUAAAGAGAAUAAUUUCUGGAUCGGGCUGUACCAUGACAAAGAUAACUGGCAGUGGUCCAAUGGAGAUGACGUCAUCUACUCCAACUGGAGAGCAGACCUCUUCUGUGCUUCAGUCAAUUCUGAUGGAGAGUGGGAGGAUUCAGUCUGCAGCGAGAAGAAAGCUUUCAUGUGCUACAGUGAGACCAGCAACAUCACUGAGAGAUACACCCUGAUUGAAGUUCUGAAAACCUGGACUGAAGCUCAGCAGUACUGUAGAGAACACCACACCGACCUCGUCAGUAUAAAGAACGCCAGUGAAGAUGAAGACCUAGUGAAGAAAGCGCAGGGCAAGACCUUCUGGAUAGGCCUGUUCAAUGAGCCCUGGAAGUGGUCACACCAGGGGGAUAGCUACACAUUUAAAACUUGGGCCAGUGGGGACCCAGACAACCGAGGAGGCAAUGAGAACUGUGUGGUGAUGGGUAGGACUGGUGGAUGGUGUGAUACUGCCUGCAGCACUCCGCGCCCUUCCUUCUGCUGUGAUGGCGGCUCCUCUGGUCAGUGUUUCUAUGAAGGAACUAAGAAGACAUGGCUGGAAGCUCAGAGCUACUGCAGAAACCAAGGCAGAGACCUGCCCACCAUACAAGACAAGUACGGGGUUAAUACGCUUAUGGGUCUUAUACCUACAACUAGUGAGAACCAUUUCUGGAUCGGGCUGUAUCAUGACAAAGAGAACUGGCAGUGGUCCAAUGGAGAUGACGUCAUCUACUCCAACUGGAGAGCAGACCUCUUCUGUGCUUCAGUCAAUUCUGAUGGAAAGUGGGAUGAUUCAGUCUGCAGUGAGAAGAAAGCUUUCAUGUGCUACAAUGAGACCAGCAACAUCACUGAGAGAUACACCCUGAUUGAAGUUCUGAAAACCUGGACUGAAGCUCAGCAGUACUGUAGAGAACACCACACUGACCUCGUCAGUAUAAAGGACGCCAGUGAAAAUGAAGACCUAGUGAAGAAAGCGCAGGGCACGCCCUUCUGGAUAGGCCUGUUCAAUGAGCCCUGGAAGUGGUCACACCAGGGGGAUAACUACACAUUUCACUACUGGAACACUGGGGAACCAAACAAUUUGGGAGGCAAUCAGAAAUGUGUGAGGAUGUACAAGAGUGGCACAUGGGAUGACAAAGACUGCAACUCUCAGUACCCCUUCUUCUGCUGUGUGGGCGGCUCCUCUGGUCAGUGUUUGUAUGAAGGAACUAAGAAGACAUGGCAGGAUGCUCAGAGCUACUGCAGAAACCAAGGCAAAGACCUGCCCACCAUACAAGACCAGGACGGGGUUAAUACGCUUAUGGGUCUUAUACCUACAACUAAAGAGAAUAAUUUCUGGAUCGGGCUGUACCAUGACAAAGAUAACUGGCAGUGGUCCAAUGGAGAUGACGUCAUCUACUCCAACUGGAGAGCAGACCUCUUCUAUGCUUCAGUCAAUUCUGAUGGAGAGUGGGAGGAUUCAGUCUGCAGCGAGAAGAAAGCUUUCAUGUGCUACAGUGAGACCAGCAACAUCACUGAGAGAUACACCCUGAUUGAAGUUCUGAAAACCUGGACUGAAGCUCAGCAGUACUGUAGAGAACACCACACCGACCUCGUCAGUAUAAAGGACGCCAGUAAAAAUGAAGACCUAGUGAAGAAAGCGCAGGGCACGCCCUUCUGGAUAGGCCUGUUCAAUGAGCCCUGGAAGUGGUCACACCAGGGGGAUAGCUACACAUUUCAAACUUGGGCCAGUGGGGACCCAGACAACCGAGGAGGCAAUGAGAACUGUGUGGUGAUGGGUAGGACUGGUGGAUGGUGUGAUACUGCCUGCAACUCUCAGUACCCCUUCUUCUGCUGUGUGGGCGGCUCCUCUGGUCAGUGUUUCUAUGAAGGAACUGAGAAGGCAUGGCUGGAAGCUCAGAGCUACUGCAGAAACAAAGGCAAAGACCUGCCCACCAUACAAGACCAGGACGGGGUUAAUACGCUUAUGGGUCUUAUAGCUACAACUAAUAACACCUAUUUCUGGAUGGGGCUGUAUCAUGACAAAGAUAACUGGCAGUGGUCCAGCGGAGAUUACAUCAUUUACUCCAACUGGAGAGCAGACCUCUUCUGUGCUUCAGUCAAUUCUGAUGGAGAGUGGCAGGAUUCAGUCUGCAGCGAGAAGAAAGCUUUCAUGUGCUACAGUGAGACCAGCACCAUCACUGAGAGAUACACCCUGAUUGAAGUUCUGAAAACCUGGACUGAAGCUCAGCAGUACUGUAGAGAACACCACACCGACCUCGUCAGUAUAAAGAACGCCAGUGAAAAUGCAGACCUAGUGAAGAAAGCGCAGGGCAAGCCCUUCUGGAUAGGCCUGUUCAAUGAGCCCUGGAAGUGGUCACACCAGGGGGAUAGCUUCACAUUUCACUACUGGAACAAUGAGCAACCAAACAAUGCGGGAGGCAAUGAUAAAUGUGUGAGGAUGUACAAGAGUGGCACAUGGGGUGACAAAGACUGCAGCGUUCUGUACCCCUUCUUCUGCUAUGAUGAUGCAACCCCCUCAGACCCUCCUUCAACAACGCUCUCUGAAGAUCCAGCCCCCUCAGACCCUCCUUCAACACGGCUCUCUGAAGGUAUGCAGUUAGAUCCUGCAUUCAGUUGA